AGUAAUUUCACUUGCUUGAACUGAAAUUGAAAUUUAAUUUAAAGUAUAAAUAAUUCAGUAUCAUUAUGGAGUUCAAACCAAAGGAUUUUCCAGCUUUAAAAAAUGAUAAUUUACUGCGAGCUGCUCGUGGUGAAGCUGUUGAUAGAAUUCCAGUUUGGGUGAUGCGACAAGCCGGUCGAUAUCUUCCAGAAUUUCAGGAAGUUCGUGCAAAACAUGAUUUUUUCACUGUAUGUCGCACUCCAGAAUUAGCUUGUGAAGUGACAAUGCAGCCACUGCGACGAUUUGACUUGGAUGCUUCGAUUAUCUUCUCAGACAUUCUCGUGAUUCCUCAAGCACUUGGACUGGUAGUAGAAAUGCAGAAAGGUGUCGGUCCAGUAUUCCCCGAACCUUUGAAUGGCCCUGAAGAACUAAAUAGAUUAAAUCCUGAAGGUGCUGUCGAUAGACUUAAAUAUGUUGGUGAUGCAAUCACAAUGAUGAGACAUUUAUUAGAUGGAAAAGUUCCGUUGAUUGGCUUCACUGGAGCUCCUUGGACUUUAAUGGGCUACAUGAUUGAAGGUGGUGGAAGUAAGACAAUGUCAAAAGCAAAGUCAUGGCUUGCAGACCAUCUUGAUAAAUCAAAAUUCUUAUUAUCAUUGCUCACAAAUGUUACCGUCGAUUACCUAGAGAUGCAAGUGAAAGCUGGUGCUCAAAUGUUGCAGGUUUUUGAAUCAAGUGCUGAGCAUUUAUCAAAAAAACAAUUUGUUGAAAUUGCCAUGCCAUAUCUAAAAGAUAUUCGCGUGAAACUUCAUGAGAAGCUUAACAAACAAGGCAUUGAAAUCGUUCCAAUGGUAAUUUUUGCCAAAGGUGCAAUGCAUUCACUUGCCGAGAUGUCAGAUUUGGGCUACGAUGUGAUUGGACUGGAUUGGUCAAUUGAUCCCGAAGAUGCAAGAAAACAAGUUGGGCCAAAUGUGACAAUUCAGGGUAAUCUUGAUCCACAAGACAUGUACAAAAGCCAAGAAGAGCUUAAAGAAUUAACAUCGAAAAUGGUUAAGAAGUUCGGCAAACACCGUUACAUUGCUAAUUUAGGUCAUGGAAUAACUCCAUUAACACCCAUCGAAAGUAUGACCACUUUUGUUAACACUGUUCAUACAGCUUUAGACGACUAAACUUCCAUUAGCGAUAGACAUAAAUGGUUCAUGAAUGUAAAUUGUAAUUUGGUGAAAAUUUCAGAUUAAAGAAUUUUGAUAAGGAUUUUUUUUUAUAUUUUCAUUGCUCA